AAUACUACACACAUAUUCUUUCCUUUAUGCAUAUCUCGAAAACUCAAUUAUCUGAUCUCUUUCUGCCUUCUCUCUUAUAUCCCAAAAAAGAAAAGAUGAUUAAAGUUAAGGUCGCCACCCUUUUAUUUCUGGCAGCCCUUCUCCUAUGCUCCAUCCUAACCUCCGCCGGUCGCCGUGAACCAGCCUUUUCUAAUGGCUCCUCAGCUCAGGACACACAACAGGGUUUUGAAACAGAGCAAAAUACAGAGAGCUGUGAAGGAGUUGGAGAAGAAGAGUGUUUGAUGAGAAGGACUCUUGCUGCUCAUAUAGACUACAUCUAUACCCAGAAUCACAAACCAUGAAUUGAUGUCAAGUAUUCUUUUAUUAACUAAUUAUUAUUUACCUAUUUAUACUCGCUACAUAUGGAUUGUAUAAUUACUUGUUUGUGAUAAUUAACAAGGAGUUUUCGUAUCCUUGGUAUAAUUAAAAUUGCAUAAUCAGUUUCUAUUUCUGUAUUCUUCUGCCAUUUCAGAAUAUAUAUAAAGAAUUUAAUGGUUUAAUCUUCUUAA